AUGAGUCUCAACAGCACACCACAGAGGGUGGAACAGAAGUUUCAUCUGGCAUCCAAAGAGACCCUAAAGCCAGUCAUCCGUGCGGUCUUAGAACGGCUGACGGCGCAAAACUGGCAGAGACUGGAGACUGGGUUUCUUGACCCAGAUACCUCCUCUCUUCUGACAGAUUUGUGUGUCACUAUAAUUGAAUUUUUGGGGGAAAGUCUCUAUGAGUCUUUAAGCAGGAGACUUGAAAAACAGAAAGGAUCUGCUACACCUGUGUGUAAGGAGGACGUGCAAGAAUGUUUAGGGAACAUGGGUGAAGUCAUCACACAGACUGUGGCAGAAAUCCAGGGUGUAGGUGACAUCCACUACCUUAAGUGCGAGCAGAUGACAGAAGUCAUGGUCACAGCAGUCACAGAGAGAGUAAACUCCAGGCUGUCUAAAACAAGUGACACUGCCGACUCGGAGGAGCACAAGCCCACUCCCAUUUGUCUAACCAAACUGACUGGACACUUGAAGGCGAUUCUCAAAAAGUGCUCCAGAAAGGCGAGUAAAAUGAUGACUAAAAAGAAGCUCAAGAAAGCUCGGGAAGGUGAGAUGUCAACGUCACACCAGGAGAAGAGGGUGGAGGAGACUGAGGAUACAGCUCAAGCUGAGCAGGAGUUUGAGAAAGUCGAAUCAACCUGCACUCUGCAGGAAAAGGAAGAGGUGGUGGUGGAAUCCACUCCGACCUCUGUAGCUGUUCUUCAAAUCCUGGUUGAACAACUGGAAAAGAUUUCUCAUGAUUCUCUGAGUUACUUCACAGAGGAAGAAGAUAGCCUGCUUCUUUCUAAAACCAGCAAGGACUCAGAGUUAUCAGAGUUGUCAUUUCGGAUUGUAGAAGCUUUUUCAAAUGAGGCUUCACAGGACCUGGUUGGAGAGAAAAAAUCAUGCACAAAAGAGACCUUAAGACACAACAGGAGGAAGAUCAUCGACAGGAUGAGGACUGUCUUUGUCCAAACAUUUGCUCGAGGGUCAAUCCUGAGCAUGAUGUCUAAAGUCAGACGCAAGCAGGCCUCCCAUCAAGGACAGGAAGUUGUGGAAUUAGACACUUCACAGCUGAUUAAGAGUGUGGAUAACCUUUUAACAGAGGUCAUUACACCAAAAGAUCAGGAUACAAGAAGUGGGUCAAGAGAGGUUUGCCUCUUUGAGACUUCUGACAGCAACAUUUCCAAUGGCAAGCUGAAAAGUUUUGCUGAGAAGCUGCGUGACACAUUGGACGACCACUUGACACCACUAGUAGUCCAAGAUGAAACACACGAAGAGGAGAUUCAGACUGAAGUAGACAAUGUCGUUAAACGGAUAAGGAAUUGGCUAAAGAAGCAGAUCCGACUGCACAAGACUAGGAAGGACAGUGUGAGCAUGACUCUGAGAAAGGUCGAGGAAGUUGUGCUCAUUAAAUAUUCACAUCUCAGUUCCCCCAAAGCAGAAGCUGAGGAUCAGACCUACCCCACAACUGUGCAAGAGGAGGUUCAAAGCUUCAAAGCUGAGAGGGAAGAAGAAGAGGCCUGCCAAGAUGAGGAGGAAGAGGCCUGCCAAGAUGAGGAGGAGGAAGAAGAGGCCUGCACACCUGAGGAGCAAGUAGAACAGGCUCAGGUGGCAAAAGCAUCAUGUGAACACACGGAAUCUGUUAGACGGAAGUGGGACCGACUGACUUGUGGAUUCAUCGUGAAGCUGUUCUUACACAAAGUCAUGAAGGAUUACUCCCUCCAUGUGGAUUACAAAUCAGUGGAAGCCAGACUGACAGACAUGCUGAUUGAAGAGAUGAUUGGUACUGACAUUAAUGUGGAUUUGAGCCUGAAAAGCAUCAACAAGAAAUGCAAAGCUGUGUACAAAGACCUACGCAAGAAGGUUGGUGGCGGAGUUCUUUGGAUAAGUCUUUUAAAGCAGAAAGAAACAGUCAUUGAGGCUGCGGCUGAGGCUCUAAAAAAGCAUUUUUCGCCGCAAAGACCCAGCGGCAUCCAAAAGGUCUUGAGACGUGUAUUCCGGCCUUUCACUGCCCUCUUAAACGGCGCUAGAAACAUCAGGGUUUGGGUGGGUGGGUACAUGUAGACUUUCCUCAUAUCCAGCUUGGACUCUCUGGGCUUCCAGCCUCACUUCAACUAGUAGCGCAUGAAGUCCUGGAUGGAUAUGAGGACAGACUUCAGGUCCAUACAUGGCCAUCCACGAAUGGGUUUACUCCGAGUGCUUCGGUUUCUCCCAACACAAGAAUUAAUUCUUAAAAAAAAAAAAAAAACCCAAAAACAUCAACUCACACACACACACACACACACACACACACACACACACACACACACACACACACACACACACACACACACAAAAAUAAAAAAAAUAAAAAACUAGCAGAGUGGCGCAGUGGAAGCGUACUGGGCCUAUAACCCAGAGGUCGAUGGAUCGAAACCAUCCUCUGCUAACCAUGCUAUCAGUAGCCCAUUGUGAGUCAAUCAUCCGGUCGGCCAUGUUGGAUAUACCGGUGAAUCAGACGUCACAACAACACGCAAUCUGAUUGGUCAGAAGUGGACGCACAGUAUACGAAACUUUAGAAAAAUCAACCAUGAUCCGAAAAAAUAAAUGCCGCAACAUCGCAGGACGGGAAAACGUCGCUGAUGUUAACGCUUGUAUUGACAGGAUACAGGUUCGAAAAAAAAUAUUGACGUCGGAAAUAAUGGCACGACAAAAACAGUCCUAUACGGAUUUUCGCGUUUAAAGUUAUCGCACCUCUGGGGGUCCAAUAGCGGGUCUAAACGCGUUUAAAUACGGCGGCACUCUUGUUGUUCCAAGGAAGACAGCGGCGACAAUUGCGUCGAAACAGGAUUUUUCGUGACAGAAAACACCCCUUCGACACGUAUGACGACCACGAAGUGUUCCGUAAGUUUAGAUUUCGACUGCACCAUAUUCUCGACCUCACACAGGAGAUUUCCGCUGAAAUUGAACUUUCGAACCGAGGAUUCACCCUCACUCCACUACAACAAGUCCUCGUAACCUUACGGUACUACGCCACUUCUUCUUUCCAAGACGUGUGUGGGGAGUUGGUAGGAGUGGAUCAGUCGACAGUCAGUCGAACCGUCACUCGAGCGUCACUCGACCCGUUUAAGACACAGUAA